GGAGUACUCUGGUUUGAAUUUGAUUUUGUUGGCUUCUUUGUGGAUGAUGCUGUGCCAUAUCACUGCUAUGAUUUAUAAUAUUAAUUAUUAAAUGACAUUUAAGUAUAUGUAAUUAGAAUUUUUUAUGAUGAUUACGUCACGGUUACGUAUAGUAUUCUGUGCUAGCGUACUCGGUCUUACCGGGAGUUGAAUCAUGGUGGGACUUUCAGCCCGGGAAUUAAGAGCCGGAAAAGAAUAGCCAAAGUUAAGGAUAUUUGACGGCGGCAGUACUUCUGGACAAACACGGAAGCCUUAUUGCCCAAUUCAUUGUGUUAAUAGGGAAUCAAACGAGUUUCUUUCAAAUGGUAUUGUAAAAAGGUUAAAGUAAAGAGUAUGAAAUCAAACUAGGACAGUACGAAGGGAAAGGAGCUAUGGGUAGUGAAACAGACAACGCGAAUGGGCCGACGGCUCGUGCUGACUCAAUCGAUGUGGGAAAUUUGGCAGGUAAGCUGACAGAAGAAGAGAUGAGACUAUUGAAAGAUAUCAGAAGGCAGAAAGCUCUCAUCUUGGAUGAAAUUCAGCAAUUGAAAGCAGAAAUCAAAGAUGUGAAAACUGAAAUGGAAGCAGUUGGACAGCCAGAAGACAGCUUUAAAAGUAACCAGAAGCAGAAUGCCAUUGGCCGGAAAAAGUUCAACAUGGAUCCAAAGAAGGGAAUUGAAUUUCUCAUCGUAAACGAUCAACUCAACGAUACGCCGGAGGAUAUUGCAAAAUUUUUGCUUGAGGAAGAAGGAUUGAAUAAAGGGAUGAUUGGGGAUUAUUUGGGCGAAAACAAAGAACCGAUGCUGUCCGUGCUGCAAAAUUUUGUAGGGCAACAAGAUUUCAGAAAUAUGCUUCUUGUUGAAGCGCUGAGGAAAUUUUUAUGGAGUUUUCGUCUUCCCGGCGAAGCUCAGAAAAUUGACAGAAUGAUGGAGUGCUUUGCAAGUAAAUACUGUGAACAGAACGAAGGCGUUUUUACAUCAUCAGACACUUGUUAUGUGUUGAGUUUUUCUCUCAUCAUGUUGAACACAAGUUUACACAAUCCCAGUGUCAGAGACAAGCCAACUGUUGACACGUUUAUAACGAUGAACCGUGGUAUUAAUUGUGGCGGGGAUCUACCAAAAGAACUUUUAGUGAGUUUGUAUGAAAACAUUAAAAAGGAAGCGUUCAAGGUCCCAGAGGAUGAUGGCAGUGACAUAACAAGGACGUUCUUCAAUCCAGAUAGCGAAGGAUAUUUAACGAAAGAAGGUGGUGUACAUAAGAACUGGAAAAGAAGAUAUUUCAUUUUAAAAGAUAACUGUUUGUACUACUUUAAAGAGUUCAAGGACAAAGAACCCCGGGGUAUCAUACCUUUAGAAAACCUUCAAGUUCGUGAAAUAAACAACGAUAAAAAACCGUUUUGCUUUCAAAUCUCCGCGUCCGAAGAGACUGGCGGAAUGAUAAAGGCUUGCAAGACUGACUCCGAAGGAAAAGUUGUUGAAGGUCGACACGAGUCCUACAAGAUUUCAUGUGAAACUGAAGAAGAGAGAGCGAAGUGGAUGGAAUGUAUUCGGAAAAGUAUGGUAAUGGAUCCAUUCUAUGAUUUUCUAACCGCUCGAAAGAAAAAAAGCCACCCAGACUGUAUCAAGUUGAGGUGACGAGGUUUCCUAAUAUAAUAACCAUGGAAAGUAUUAAACACGGGAUUUGAAAUUUGAAUUGCACAAGAGGAGGAUUGGAAUGGUGCAAAAGGAAAAUUCGAAUGGCACAAAAGGAAAUUUUAAAUGGUAGAAAAAGAAAAUUUUAAUAGUUGAAAAGGAAAAUUUGGAUGGUACAAGAGGAAAAUUCGAAUGGUACAAAAGGAAAAUUUGGUUGGAUGGUACAAAAAGAAAAUUUGGAUGGUACUACGAGAAAAUUCGAAUGGUUAGAAAUGAAUAUUUUGAAUGGUAUAAAAGGAAAAUCAUUUGUCUAGUUCAUCCAACGCGGGAACCAUCAAUCUAACAUACAAACCAAGUACUUCUCGCCCGUUUACUACGUGAUUGAAACAAAUACAGUGUAAACAGCUUGCGUGAUUGACAAAUUAACAAUUACGUCAUUGAUUUAUUAACUAAAUCUCCGUGCUGAGCACCUAAUGGCAGAGUACGUUCGCUUACGUCACUGAUAUGUAUAUAUUAUGGUCUUCGUGUUGAGGGGGGGUGUCGAUUCUACUACAUGUAUUAAAAAGUCACACUUUACGGGUUUUUUCUUUUGCCAGAAUCAGAUACCCCCUUCCUAACAAAGUCUGCGAAAUGAGACAACUUCCGGCUUCAAUUUUCCUACCUAUUUUAUACGUGAUUUUACACGAUAUAUAUAUAUCAGUGGGUUAAUUGUGGUGAGGUGUCUCGCAGUCUCUGUUUUCACGUAUCAAGGAAACCGUUGAAUUAACUUGAUCUAUUGAUAUUUUGCAGAAAAUUUUAUUGUAUGAUGUAGCUAUGGAUAAUGUAGAAACAAAAGAAAAACAUUUAUUAAAUACAUAUCGUCAUAAUAGUAAUAAUA